GCUCGCCCUGGCCGCCAAUGUUUCACUGGAGCAAGUGGAAAAAAAGAAUGGGAGCGUCCGUCUCGUCCUCCACGGGCGCUGCGGCCAAGAGGCCGGUGUUCGACGAGCGAGAGGAUGUGAACUUUGACCACUUCCAGAUCCUCCGAGCAAUCGGCAAGGGGAGCUUUGGGAAGGUGUGCAUCGUCCAGAAGCGAGACACGGAGAAGAUGUACGCCAUGAAGUACAUGAACAAGCAGCAGUGCGUCGAGAGGGAUGAGGUCCGCAACGUGUUUCGGGAGCUGGAGAUCCUGCAGGACAUCGAGCACGUCUUCUUGGUGAAUCUCUGGUACUCAUUUCAGGAUGAAGAAGAUAUGUUUAUGGUGGUGGAUUUACUCUUAGGAGGGGAUUUACGCUAUCACCUGCAGCAGAAUGUGCAGUUCACAGAGGAGACAGUCAAGCUCUACAUCUGUGAGAUGGCGCUCGCUCUUAACUACCUGCGAAGUCAGCACAUCAUCCACAGAGACGUGAAGCCAGACAACAUUCUCCUGGAUGAACAGGGACAUGCUCAUUUGAGUGACUUUAACAUCGCAACAAUAAUCCGGGAUGGCGAACGAGCCACUGCAUUAGCGGGAACCAAGCCAUACAUGGCUCCAGAGAUCUUCCAUUCCUUUGUCAACAGAGGGACUGGCUACUCCUUUGAAGUGGACUGGUGGUCCCUGGGCGUGAUGGCUUAUGAGCUGCUCCGUGGCUGGAGACCCUAUGACAUCCAUUCAAGCAACCCAGUGGAGUCCCUGGUCCAGUUAUUCAGCACUGUGAGUGUCCAGUAUGCCCCAACAUGGUCCCAAGGGAUGGUCAGACUUCUGAGAAAGCUCCUCACCGUGAGCCCUGAGCACCGCUUUUCCAGCCUGACAGAUAUCCAGGCCUCCCCUUACCUGGCAGAUAUCAUGUGGGAUGAGCUGAGCCAGAAGAAGGUGGAGCCUGGCUUUGUCCCAAAUAAAGGACGCCUGCACUGCGACCCCACCUUUGAGCUGGAGGAGAUGAUUCUGGAGUCCAGGCCCCUCCACAAAAAGAAGAAGAGGCUGGCCAAGAACAAGUCUAGGGACAACAGCAAAGACAGCUCCCAGUCGGAAAAUGACUAUCUUCAAGAGUGUCUUGAGGCCAUCCAGCAAGACUUUGUGAUUUUUAACAGAGAAAAGCUGAAGAGGAGCCAGGACCCAGAUGCCCUAGAUGAGGCCAUGUCUGCCCCUGAGGCCACAGAUGAGGCUGAACUGGAGGCAGACACAGACCUAGAGAGCUCCCAUUUCCACAUGUGUAGCUCUGUGUGCCCCUCAGCAGGGAGUAGCUAGGUCUUCUGCUGGGAGGGCGAAAGAGCCUAGUCCUCUGGCUUCUGGAAUAUAAGAUUCUCAGGUUGCAAGGGUAAAUCGCUAUCUAGAGACAGUACUCAGAAUGCUGGUGUGGGGAAGGGUGACUCCUGCGCCUUCUAGAUUAUCUAGAGCCGAACUUAGAACGGCAAUCUUAGCUAACUGAAUAUAUGGAUGUUCCUGAACAUUAGCAACUCACACCAGUAGUGAGUUGUCUGUUCUGAAGGGGGUACUUAGUGUGCCAUACCUGGAGUGGGCCCAAGAGGGUAUGCCUCUGCUGUGGGGGUGCUGGGUCAUGAGCCCUUGAACAAUACGUCCCUGGACAGAUUCUAUUUUCUUAACUCGGUGGCAUUGCGAAGGGCCUGGUUCUAUGCUUUCUCAAUGAAAGCAGAUUCACCUGCAUGCACCUGGCCUCCUUAGGGGCUGUCCCACUUGGUGAGAAGGGCUUAUGUUGGAUUGUUUCCUCUCCUUGCUAAGAAGUGCCAGGGGAUGUCCAGAGAGCCUGUCCUAACUUCUCCUUAGGGUGGGUAGCAGGGUCCAAUCGGUGCCAGCUGUACAUACUGCCUUUUCCACUCUUGUGGAAGCCUUUUCUAGACAGGGCCGGUUGCCAGCCCUCUUUCUUUCCCCACAUUCCAGCCACAAGCUGCCCAGGCCACUUGGACUUAUGCUGUUCCUCACUGUGCUGAUGCAUCAUCCAUGGCCAGGGUGGGGAAGCUGCCCUGCGGAUGUUGUCUGGGAGGGAUGGUGGGGGAGAGAGCAGGAAAAGCAAGGAGCUUCCCAUUCUUUAUGGCUCCCAGCUCUGGCCAGGCCAUUUGCUCCACUGCUGUAUAGU